AUGGACCCAGGGGAUCAACCUAUUAUGCUGAAGAUAUUGACACAAGUAGAAGAAAUGCUCAUUGCUAGAGUGAACCCGAUAUUACAGGUUACCCAUACUAUUGGAGGCCAAUAUAAAUACAACGACCAUACAAUUAGUUUCCCACAAGACAUACAAAACAUUGCAACUAUGCUCCCACAUAAAUUGGGAGACAUAGAUGUCCUUAUAGUUCACAGACCCCAGGCUCAAGGAAACUACUAUGAGUGUUACAUAAGUAGGGGUCGUGUUAUGGAUGCAUUGCAAUACAAAGUGAAAUAUGACCCAUACUAUAAAGAUGUGUCAAUAAAUUAUAACAAUCUAAACCAAAUUCCCAAGGAAAGAACGGAUGUAAAAAGCAUGCUUCACACCAUUGAAGCAAAUGAUGAUGUAAUGGUAACAAAUAGUGAAGACGCUGAUGAAGACCAAGAUGAGGGCAUGAUAACCAAUUCGUCAUCAUUUAUAUUACACCUACCGAAUGAACACCGUGAACUACAGAUAAUUAAGAAAACACUAGAGAUUGAGGACACCACAGAUAACAUCAUUGACUGGCGAGAAAUAGGCUUAACCCCAAUUAAUGAAUAUAAUACUGAGGGCCUACUCAAUAUAGCAUUUCCAACACUCUUCCCAAACGGAAUUGGAUUACAAAUACAACCAAGAACUAGGGAAAUAAAGAUGCAUGAAUAUGUACUACACUUGAUGCAAUUCCAUGAUCAAAGAUUUGGACAACAUCCAAGAUUCCGAUACUACAUCUAUAACCUUAUGAUGCGUCAUUGGAGCCAAUCACUUGCAAAAAAUUUCAUGAAAAAAAAUGUAGAAGAGCACUUAUCAACCACCAUUGAGAAUUUACAUGCACACCUGAAAGAACUCCCUGACUCACAACUAGCUGCGGAAUUACUGCACUUUGGCUCUACCAUGAGAGGAACCAGACCAUAUUGGAACAAGUGUCGAUUAGAAUUAACAAACAUGAUAAACCAAAUAGGAUCUCCCGUCCUCUUCUUCACACUAAGCGUAACCAAUACAAAGUGGCCAGACCUCCAACAACUCCUCACAAAUAAUAUGGAGCUUUCCAUGCACUCAAAUAAGCACCGUCUUGAAAAUGUUAUUAAUAACCCGCAUAUAACAUCAUUAUACCUACAUCAAAGAUUGACCAUAUUCCAUGAAGAAGUUAUUGAGAAACUCCUUGGUGUGAUAGAUUAUUGGUACAGAUAUGAAUGGCAACACCGAGGAACCGCACAUGUUCAUGGGUUUCUGUGGCUCCAAGAUUCGCCAUACAUGGACAAGCUAGAUUGGGAAAAUAACGAAGAUGUUGAUAAAGCAAUUUUUUUUUUGAUAAGUACAUAA